CAUCAUCUAUCAUUUAACUGUUCUGAAAUAACUUUGAUAGUUUUGUCUUCUUAUCGUCGAACCUGUGGUUACCUUUUCGGGUGUUUUCAUCAAUCAAUAAGCUUUAUCUCUCUUUUAUAAACCUCCAGGCCAUAAAUUCACCAUGAAUUCCAACCUACAAACAACGCUUAUGUUGCUGUGUGCACUGUUUUCCGUCGCAAGUUGUCGAUCUAUCUGGACUGGAUCCGGUGAACAAGGAGAAACUUUGCUACAACGCCGAGAGAACAGCGUACCUGAUCAAGCGGGACAUCGGUCUGACCAUCUACUUCCGCGCAUGAAUGGAGUCAAUAUGGCAGGAUUGGAAUUUGGGAUCGGUAGUAAUGGGGACAGGAAUGGAAAUCCACCUCAAGCGCCACCCCUUGAUCAAAUUCCUCACUUCAUAAAAGGCGGGAGCAACGUUAUCCGAUUCCCCUUUGGCUGGCAAUACAUGCAGGAUACGAUUAAAGGAGAUCUCAAUAAAACCUAUCUUUCCCUUUUGGAUGAAUACGUGACUGCUACCACUCAGCUGAACGCAACUGCUAUAAUCGAGGUGCACAACUUUGCCAGACGUGAUGGUCAGAUUAUUGGCGAGAGCAGUGUAGGCGCAGACGCAUUAGUAGAUUUGUGGACCCGAUUAGCCAAACAUUAUAAUGAUCAACCUAAUGUGAUGUUUGGAUUGAUGAAUGAGCCUCACGACGUGACCAGCAAGAUAUGGAUCGGCGUGGUCCAACAGGUCGUUACCGGAAUUCGAAAGGCGGGAGCGGAAAACAAUAUCCUUCUUCCUGGUAACGCCUGGGAGCACCUUCUUACUUUUGCAGACGAUUACAACAAUGGAUUGUCAGCGAUCAAGAACCCAGAUGGCUCGGUUCGAGGCUUGAUUUUCGAGAUUCAUCAAUACUUUGAUUAUAACGGGGUUGGGGACCAAAAAGAAUGUACUCAAGAUCACCUCAGCGAGCUGCAAUCUGUUGUUGACUUGUUAAAGAAAGAUGGCCGACAAGUUUUGAUCACUGAAUUAGGAGGUGGGAACUCUCAAUCGUGUAGUGACAUUAUCCACAAAUUUGUCGCGGCGGCCGCAAGUGCAUACCCUACGGUCAUCGGAACAUUGAUGUGGGGCGCAGGUUCAUUCGCUCCUGAUUACACUUUGGUGGUCACCGUCAAGGAGGGCAAUGGAUGGAAAGAUCAAAUGAACUUUGCUUCUUUGAAGACCGCGCUGGCCGCUGUCUAGAUUUUUGCCGACUUUUCUAAAGCUCGCCUGUCUCUCACUCCUAAGGUCCUUCUGAAUCAACGUAGUCUAUGCUCUGAUCAAUGGAUAGUACCUGAGAUUGCAAUCAUUUGAUUUAAUCUAGAAGAGCUGCAAUUCCGGAUGCGUAAUGAUUCCACAUCAGAUUGACA